CUACUGAUUUCAGUUAAAAAUGCUCCUUUUCACCUUAGUUAGUGGCACUCUGAGUCUUAAAGCAGAUCUGUGCUACAAAAUGUUCACAGAGGGCCUAGCAUGGAAGAGGACCAGGAAGCUUUGAGCCCCAGAAAUAUACCAUUCAAAUCUGGCACGAUGUUUUUCUGAUUGUAACAACAGUGACGCAGAAAAAGGCUUAUACUGAGUCUUAUCAUGAAACUAAUCUCUGUCAUAUUUGUAAGAAAAAUGAUUAAAGGUUUGACUUCAGUGCUGAAGUAACUGGAGAAGAGUCCAGGUCAAGUAGGCAGGAGAGGUACACUGUAUACACAGGCAUACUCUAUCUUUCUCACAUAAUUGUGUUUUCAGCCUAUUUCCAAUUUGCUAAGAAAACAUAAACAAUGCAAACAAAAAAUAUUUACGUCAAUGCAGUAUUUUUCUCUUCACAUACACCACAUCAGACAUCAACAGCCUGUCACAGGGACACGGAAAAAUAAGGCUUGUUUUAUGAUCAGCCUCUGUGUAUUUUAUUCCCAGUUUUCUAGGUAGUAGGACUCAGAGUCAGCAUAUAGCGGGUAAUUUGUGGAAUCUUGAGCUGUGAACAUGUAAGAAUUUUGAAGACAAAUACCUGUCUGGUAGAAGAGAGAAAGGAUAUGAAUUGCCUAAGAUUUCAGCCAGCAGAGAAUCUCCUCUGCACUUUCCUGUGGGCAGGUUAGAAAUUGUAGAGACGCCCGAGACUGGCAUUUUAUAACAUUCUGUAAAACCGUAUUUUAAAUGUUUUAUUUCUGAAGAGCUGUCAUAAUCCUCAGAAAAGAAACACUUCCCAGCCCUUCCAACACGUUCCAGCAUUGUUUUACAGGGUUUCAAUAGACAGAAAAGCAAGCCUGAAAUACAACUGACUGCCUUGAGAGCCUCAUGCCUCUCAGCAGAGAGCUGAAGCAGGGACUUGGCUGUAAACUUGCUAAUCUUCUUAGAAAACAAGGGAGAGGUGAGUGAAAUUAUGAACUUGCUGAUACCCCAGAAAAGGAGUUAUCCGGAAAGCACAAGGUAUUUCAUUUGAGGGGAGCCUGGAAAAUUGGCUGACACUGAAGGGAGCGCUGAAGGGAGAUGACAAAAUAUAACCUGCUGCUUUUGAGAGCUGUUAAAUGCGAGCAACGUGCCGCUUGCUCUAAGUUUGCACGGCCCAACUGUAAAACAGACACGCUGACAAGCACAGAAGACUUUUGUCACAGAUGUGCCACCACCUGAACUGCCGACCGGGAAAUUUUAUUCUGGAUUUUAUGGGGAAUCAUCGGCACAGCCCCAGGGUCCCCAACCAGGCCGGCGAGCUGUCAGUCCUUCCUUGGCCCUCUCUCCUUCCCCUCCAGCCUUCCGCAGAAGCACGCAGGGCACAGCCUGGGCUCCGUUCCCCCAGGGAUGCGUGUGCUUGCCGUCGCCCUGCGGCAGAGCGGUUGGCCGUCCCACGUUCGUGCCUCCCGCCCGGCAGAAACGUUGUCCCCGCGUCCCCUCAGAGUUCCCUGCCCGGCUUCCCGCAAUGGCGGGCAGCUGUGGAGCCGGCCAAGCCGCCGCCCGACGCGGGCAGGCAGCGCCCGGGCCGCGCAGCGCUCGGGACGGCGCGGAGGGGCAGGAAUCCCAAGCAUCUGGACUGCCUGAGUACGUAAAGAUUGUAGAAGUUGGGCCAAGGGAUGGUUUACAAAAUGAAAAGGUGAUUGUCCCAACUGAUAUCAAAAUAGAGUUAAUCAACCGGCUUUCUAAAACAGGCCUUCCAGCAAUAGAAGUGACCAGUUUCGUUUCAUCCAAAUGGGUGCCUCAGAUGGCAGAUCACAAAGAAGUAAUGAGAGGCAUUGAGCGGCAUCCUGGAGUCCAAUAUCCUGUUCUCACGCCUAAUCUUAAAGGUUUUCAUUCAGCUAUUGCAGCAGGGGCUACAGAGGUUUCAGUAUUUGGUGCAGCAUCUGAAUCUUUUAGCAAAAUGAAUAUUAAUUGUUCUAUUGAAGAAAGCAUAGAAAAAUUUGAAGAAGUUGCUAAGUCAGCAAGAAAUAUGAAUAUUCCAGUGCGUGGGUAUGUUUCUUGUGCAUUGGGAUGCCCAUAUGAAGGAGACAUCACACCAGCUAAAGUGGCAGAAGUGUCUAAACGUCUGUACAGUAUGGGCUGUUAUGAAAUCUCUUUGGGGGACACAAUUGGUGUGGGGACUCCUGGAAGCAUGAAAAGAAUGUUGGAAGCUGUUAUGAAGGAAAUCCCUCUGAGUGCCCUUGCUGUUCACUGCCAUGAUACAUAUGGGCAGGCGCUAGCCAAUAUCCUCACAGCCAUACAGAUGGGAGUUGCUGUAGUGGAUUCGUCUGUUGCAGGUUUGGGUGGCUGUCCCUAUGCAAAAGGUGCUACUGGAAAUGUGGCUACAGAGGAUGUGAUAUACAUGCUUAAUGGUCUGGGGAUCAAUACAGGAGUCAAUCUUUAUACCGUGAUGGAAGCUGGAAACUUCAUCUGUACAGCUUUGAACAAGAAAACGAACUCAAAGGUUGCACAAGCUUCCUUCAAUACCGGAACUAUCAAGUAAACAGAUUUUCUUUGCAGAUUAAUUACAUUUGUCAUCUACCUUGACCAAGGACACACAUCAAGAAACCAAAUAUAAGAAAACCAUUUCAGCAAAGAACUAAAAUAGAACCCAGAUAUAACUUUCUGUUAUGGAAAGAGUAUCCAUACUGUAGUGUCUUGUUGAAAAUUCUUAUAAAUAAGUAUGAAAUAAAUGACUGUCAUAAAGAACGCUAUGCUUGGUACUUAUACAGGUGAGAAAACUGUAUAAACAGAAGGCCAUUUUACCAUGCUUUAAGUUGAAUUUUGUUUUUGGGUUUUUUUUCAGUUGAACUGGUUGGAAACAGUGAAUACAUAGUUAACUUUUAAUCAAGAUUACUUUUAGAGUAGUACAAAUAUUUGCAGUUUAUGAGAUCCCACAUUGUGUGUGGCCAUUCUCUUAUGUCUUUUGUUUAUCUGAAUCUGUAUUUUUUGUUUGUCAACUCAGUUCUGUUAUGAACACAGAUCCAGAUCUGAAUUCACCGUAAGAAAUUUUUAGCAAUAGCGCUUUUGUUAUCGUGUUUUGUUUAACAUCUGUUAACUAUAUGGAUGACUUUAUCUUGUUCCAAGACUUUAUGGUUAAUGGCAGCCUUCCAGGUCCUCCAAAUCUAAUGCAAAUUUUCUUAUUUGUUACAUAUGUUAAAUUUGUUGUGGUUGCUUUUUUUUUAAUCAGCUGUAUUAUAACCUAAUUAUAUGAAGCAAUUAAAAAUUGGCAGGGUUUUCAACUGUCAUUCAGGGUAGUAGUGAUAUAGAAGGGGCAAAAAUUUUGUCCCUGGUCUCACUGAACAACUAGACUUUUUCUUUUGUAGUCUAUGAGUUGACAUUUUCCAUUCGUUUUUGAGGAUAGUACUAGCCAGUUGGACUUGCUUGACUUGCUUACACUGUGAGAAGCAUCUGUAAUAUUUCUCUGUGCUCUUGUGAUGGUGAUACUUUACUGUUUUAGUUGUCUUGGUUCAGCAAGAUGCUUUGUCAUUUUUAGAUCCAUAAUUGACAAAUGCUAAGAAAAGCCUUAUAUACAUAAACUGUUCAAAUGCUCCAUGAAAAUAUUGUUAUUUUUCAAUUUGAAGCAUCAGUACUGUUACUGAUUUUGUGUAGAUUCUUUUCAGAAUUCUCUAUGCACUUAGCUUUGAUAUAUUUCUUUUUCUGAAAAAUAAUCUGAUAAAACCGUGGACUAUGAUCUUUUUCUAUAUUCUCAAUUUUCCCCCAAAAUGUGGAAGCUUGGAAAAAGGUAAGAUGAAAGAAUCUGAAAGAUAACAUGUAAAGAAGGAAAAGGUGAAUCAUUUUUGUGUGGAGCUCAAAUCUGCUAGGUUAAGACUGAAUCUUAGCUUGCCUUUGAAAUUCUCAAGUGAACCUUUUUUGAUAUAUUUUAGCCACUGCUGGAUUUUAAAAUUGUCACAGCUUAACAAAAUCAAACUUGACAUGCCAUGUAGCUCAAAGAUAUCAAUUUAAUAUAAUCCUUUUAUCCUUUUAUCUGGUUUAUGCUGUAGUGAUAGUCAAAACCAAUAUAAGCUGUGUUUUUUCACUCUUCUCAUGGUAAGAAUCAAAAAAUAAACAAAGAAAUCUUUGUAGAUGAGGCAGAAUACAUUUUAUGUAUCAAUCCAGAAUACUGAAUUGCACCCCUCCUUGUGGCAUCCAGUAGGAAGACUUGCAAGUACCUUUAAAGACAUGGAUUCCUUGAUUUGCUUGAUCUGCUCUGGAUGUAUAGCUGAAUCACUUCAACAAAUGUUCUGUCCUCAUUUUCCCAUGUUUCAGUGGGGUCUUUGUGAUCUAGCAACUACUAUGGCUCAUUGCACAAAACAUGAACUUUAAUAAAACUGCUUCUUGAACCAUCCACAGAUUUUAAAAUUCUAAGUGAGGAAUCAGUGGUAGUGCCUAGGCAAGAGUUAGCAGGUAAGUUGAAAUGAGGUGCUAUCACGGACAUCCUAAAGGUACCCUAAUUCAGUUGCUAUUUGUCUCUGAAGAUGAUGUGAUUAUUAAUAUUUAACAAUAUUUUUAUCAGU